AUGACAUGUCGAUUCUGGUAUAAGAGAGCAUUACUGGACAUAACAUGGCGUCCGCUGUACGUCAAGGAGUUUGGGGAUGACGAAAGCAGUCCUCAGCGCGAGUCCCUAGUAGCUUUCCAACGUGAAGUUCAUGGCAUUGGCUUUGAAAAUUUGUCGUGGUACAAUAAGUUUGCAAUUCGGUGGUCGACUCGUAAGGCUGCAGAGAAAAAGAAAAGUUUUUUAGUCAUGUCCAGUUUGCUUGCGUCGCUUAAACUCAGCAAGUAUGCAGCACUCUUUGAGGCCGAGGAAAUUGACAUCGAGUCUCUAUGCCUGAUGAAUGCUGGCCAUCUGCGUGAUCUUGGUAUCCCGUUUGGACCCCGCAUGAAAUUGCUGAAUGCAGCUGCGUGUCUAGCUGAUUUUAAUGAAGCCGAUGAUGAUGAGCGUCCGUCAGUGGAAUCGAUGCCUAUUACACCUGUAGCUCGUUUUAAACAGAAACGUGCUGAGAUGAAACAUUUUCGUGCUGGACUCGUGCGCCGUGUGCAACAAUCCGCUGUUCGCAUUGCGAUUUUGACGAACGAGGGCGAGUUGUGCAAUGUUGGUUCUGGAAUCGUCAUUCACGAAAAUGGUUUAAUUGCUACGGCACGUCACUGCCUGCAGGGAGAGCAGUUUGACUGUAUUAACAGGGACGAUAAUAUGAUACUGGUUGCUCCAACAGAAUCAACCUCUUUACCGCCGUUGUGGAAAUAUCAUGCGCGUGUGAUCCCCGAGUGCUGUAACGAAGACUUGGACUACGCUUUGCUUCGCUUAGAUUGCGAGGUUAUAUCGGACCCACCUAGUGGUUUAUACAUUGGCGAUGUGACAGACCGCAUAAUUGCGCGGAAUUGGACUGUCACAAAGCUCCAGGGAACCUCUCGAGAUACGAUUGGAAAACUGCCGGCAGUGCGUAUUGGCAAUUCAAACAAUAUCGAGCCUGGCGACGAGAUGUGGAUGUUUGGGUAUCCUAGUAGUGGCCACAACACCAUUACAGUACACCAUGCAAUCUGUUCCGGCACUGAUUCUCAAGUUUAUGAGGGCGAGGAGGUUGACAAGGCGAUGCUUCGCACAGCUGCCCAGCUAGACAAUGGAUUCAGCGGUGGUGCUGCUGUGGACAGGAAGGGUCAGCUAAUAGGUCUUAUUUCUUUCAGUGUACUGCGUCAAGAUCGUGUUCGUGCCAUUAAUAUGGUCAAAGGAGCGAUCGAGUACGCGAAGCGCGAGUAUGAUUUUCAGUGA